AUGAAAACAAACACGGGCGACAAUGACGUCUUCGAAUCCGAGUUUUACUACUUUCUCUGCGACACAGUCCCAGAAGAUCGUCAGUUGCGAGAGCAUUUGAAUCACAUGCGCUUGGACGUUAUUCUUGAAAAUCAAGAACGAGAUCGAUCUAGAGACAAUUUUAACAAAAUGUGUCUCUUUUGCUCGGCAGAGUUCACCGGUGGUUAUAGCCAAGUCAAGGAGUUUUUCAAUCACAUGAGUGAGAAGCAUCACUUCAAUGUUGGACACCCAGACAACAUGGUCUUCAUUGACGAUUUCAUCGAGUCGAUAAGGGGACGACUAGAUGGGCUCCAGUGCUUGAGCUGUACGAAAUGCUUCAAAGAUAGAACGACGCUCAAGGAUCACAUGAGAAAGAAGUCGCACAGAGCUUUGAACAAAGAAGACAGGUCCUUCGACAAAUUUUAUUUGGUAAACUACCUCGAACUCGGAAAGCGCUGGACGCAACUGAACCAAGAAGACGACUCAGACGACGAGGCCAGUUGGCAAGAAAUCGGUACUGAACCGAUUGAUCAGCACUUUUGCUUCUUCUGUGAGGAAGUAUUUUGCAGCUACAAAAAACUCAUCAGUCACUUGGAUGAAAAGCAUGACUUCGAGUAUGAAAAAAUCAAGAGCCAGCUGAGCUUGUCCUAUUAUGAACAGUUCAAGCUUAUCAACUGGCUGAGGAUGGAAAAAUUCAAGAACGAGAGCGAUGAUUUGGAUGUGAUGGAAAUAACGGAGAAAAUAUUGGCAAAAGAGUGGAAUCAGCCCCAGUUUUAUUUCCCAACAUAUCAAGACGACGCGGUGCUAACAACUAUCGAGGACACUGAUGUCCAGGACAACGAUGAACUCUACGUAUUUCCAGAGACUCUCGAACACCCCGAAGAUAUUCGCAACAAUUCCAUCUUAAAAAAUCUCGUCGCUGAUUUGUGUAUCGAAAAAACGGAGACGGCUCUUGAACAAUUCACGAAAAGGGUGGAAGAAAAUGUGGAAAGAGAACUCACUAUUCCGCCUGAAACUAUUCAAGAGAAAAUUAACUCUGAGACGGUUUCUCCUCUGGAAGAAAAAGAGGUUACGCUGGAUGGAAAUCUUACGCUUGGCGACUCCAUUUACGUUAUUGUGGAAGAGACUUGGCUGAAAACGCACAAAAUGCCGCAUCUCAUUCGUCGAUGUAUGCCAACGAGCAAGUGUGGUGACAUGUCCCUCAAUCGAAAUUAUUGGGAUCUGCAAAAUAAACUCACUGUCCCUCAGUGGUUUACCGGUCGCCUUGAAAAAGUUCUAGUUGCGAAUGGAAAAGGAAGAGCCAUUGACAGAGCAGAGUACCAUGUCUCUCUGACAGGUCUUGAAGGCAUCCCUGAUCACAAAUUCGGAGUUGUCGUUGAUUACAAGAGGAUCGCGUUUCCUCUGAAACCAGGAAAGAUAUGUCUCGGGCAGCGGAUUAUCGCUCCUCUGGAUCCAAUAUCCGAAGGGGAGGAACACUACCAUCAGAGAAAGUUCAACACGAAACUUAAAGUUGAAAAUCAGUUGCUGUAUCCCGGCUUGGUAGUCGAAAUACCGAAGAGUAAUAAGAUGCGUCAUCCGAAUAAUGGUCGGGCUUGUGUCUUCUUUACUUGUGGAAUUUGGCGAUAUGUUGCCCCGGAGAAAAUUCGCGCUGUUGCCGAUACUUAUGUGAGCAAGUUCCUAAUGAACGGCGACUUUAACGAAUUUCCUUAUGAGCGAAUCAGCAAUGCUAGUAUUAACAAUAACCAGUGGUUGCGAAAGCAGAAAGGACAGCACUUCAGGGUAUUCUCUGAUAGAUAUAUGAUCAAUAAUCUUCUUGCGCCAAAGCCUAAAAAUAAUUACAAGCCGAGUAUCUCCUGCAUGAUAAACACGCCCCCUGGAGUAUCAGUGAUUGAGUGUCGAUUGCCUAGUAUCUUUCAACAUCAGGCACAAAAUCAUGAGAACAUGGAGCAGCAGAAAACAUGGAUAUUCCACCCAGCAGAAAUCGUAAACUACGACUGCAACAUGGUUCUUCUCGAGUGGAAGUUCAAUACGAAAGUUGCUCCUUUUUCGACCGAGCCAUAUGCACACAUCUAUCGUGAGUGGAUAUUUAAGGGUUCUCUCCAGAUAAAGAAGCUUUUUGACCGAUUCUUUCCCCACACUCAGCAAGAAGUCCAGUCAAUAAGUAAACGACUAAUUGCCCCUGCAAAUAGACUCGGAAAUAUUGCGCAGAAGCAAGGUGCCAAAAAAGGAGGACCUGCAGAUUGGACAACAGGUUUUUGUGAUCUAACCGGCGACGAUGACGCGAUUGAAAAUCUCGACUUCAAGUACUUGCCUCUCCCAAAAUCAAUGGUCAAACCUGGUAAAACUGGCCCCAGCCACAACUGCUCUACUGAAUGUGCUGGAUGGGUCGAUUUAGCAGACCCUGCGGAGAUUAUUAAAUCAUAUCCACCGCUGUUACGGCCGAUGCUAUUUGGGUUUGAACGUUUUCCGAGAGUCGGAACGAACUUCAAGCAUGCGGAGUUUUCUCAUGAUAUGCUCAACAUGUACUACAAAACAGCGUGCAAGAAAGAUAUCAAAAAUAGGGCAGAGCUUGACAAAUACCUCGUGGCAACUUCUCUUACGGAGUUUCUCGAGCAUGAUUGCUUUUCCUUCGAUAGCAAGGUUCAGAUCAACCGACGGGUAGACAAAGCAAAGCUGAAGGGCUUCAUAUGUGAGGAUUUCUCCGAAGGGAAAGAAAACAGACCCAUUCCAAUGUACAACCAAGUGGACAAAGAUAGACCACCUAGUAUGGUUUAUUCGAUUCGGCCGAUUCUCCAUCGUAGCGCUAGAAUCAAUGUAGAGCGAGAUUUUCUCGUCAAUUGUCAAUGUACGGAUGGCUGCCGAGCAAAUUGCCCAUGCAAACGACUAACCUACGAAGGUGCUCAAAAGAUAAAUGCUCUAUACAAAAGCUACGAAUACGGUAGACUCGUUGACAUCCUUGCCACAGGCAUCUUUGAAUGCAACGUGAAUUGCGGAUGCAAUAAAUGCGCUCAGAGGCCUUGCCAAAACUCUAUCGUCCAACGAGGUGUGCGCCAGGAUCUUCAGCUCUACAAAACGUUCAAAAAAGGCUGGGGUGUGAGAACAAUGAGUGACAUUCCUUUUGGUGCGUUCAUCUGCAUCUACGCGGGCAUUGUGCGCAGCGAAGAUGAGGCCGAACGACAUGGGAGAAAACUUGGUGAUGAAUACUUCGCGAAUCUUGACUUUAUUGAGUCUGGUGAAAACCUCAAGAAAAUGAUGAAGGACAAGAAUAAUGACUCUGGGCAAGAAAGUGAAGCAGAAAGUGAGGAGGAGAGUAACAGCAUGGCGGAACCUGAUGAUAAGAAGGAAGAGGCAUUCGUUCCUCGCGCCGAUGAGCUGAUAGGAUCCACCCUGUCUGAAACUGGGAAUUUACGACGCUCGUCGCGAAAACGAAAAAAGAGGAAAUCGCCAAAGAAAGCCAAGGGAAAACCGAAGAAGAAAGCUCAAAAGACAGAGGAAGGAAAUGAAACUGACUCAGGGGUGUUUUUAAAUACUAUCUUUUUUGGUUUUCAAAAGUAUCUUGACAGUUUUCAAAAGCAAUCAAAAGACGAAGAGUGGAGUCGCACACGUGAGUAUUUCCAAACUGAGGAGGAGUUGAAGCCACAAGAAGAUCGAGGAAAGCGCAUCAUGUACGUUAUUGAUGCCAAGCAUCAGGGCAACUUUGGUCGCUACCUCAACCAUUCAUGUGCGCCGAAUUUGGACACACAGAACGUUAUUAUCAACACUGCGGAUUUGCGUGUACCAACUGUCUGUUUCUUUGCAAGACGAAAUAUAAAAGCGGGCGAAGAGCUUUGCUGGGACUACGGAUAUGAAAUCGAUCCCGACCCAGAAAAGGGCCUCAAAUGCUUUUGCGGAACCUCGGCCUGUCGUGGCCGUCUUAGAUAA